AUGCUCAGAACAACAGCCCUACGAGCCCAGUCCCUUUUAAGGACGUCCUUAACAGCCGCCAGGACUAAUGCACCGGCAUCGACAAGGUUAAUGUCGAGCCACAGCACCGAAACCGACGAGCAAUUCGACAGCAGAUACGAGAACUUCUUCAACAAAAAAGACAUCGACGGCUGGGAGAUCAGGCGCGGCAUCAACGAAUUGUGGGGCCACGAUCUGGUCGCCGAGCCCAAGAUCCUCAUCGCCGCCCUGAAGGCCUGCCGUCGUGUCAACGACUACGCCCUGGCCGUCAGGAUCCUCGAGGCGCUCAAAGACAAGUGCGGCAACAAGGUCAACGAAAUCUACCCGUACAUGAUGCAGCAGCUGCAGCCCACGCUGAAGGAGCUGGGCAUCAGCACUCCCGAGGAAUUGGGCUUCGACAAGCCCGAGUUGCACCUGCCAUCCGUGUACCACAUGUAA